GAUUGGCCACCGCGGUGCGGGCUUUGGCCAAUCAACUUUUCCUUCCUAUUUGUAGGGUGCAGUUCCCUUCCUCCCCUCUAUCCCCGGAACCCGUGGUUCCUCGGCGCUAGGGUCCUUUUGCGGGCCUCUAGAGGCAGAGCGAGGGGAUCCUGUCGCGACAGGAGAUACCUUCUGCGACGCAAUGGGUCCGCGAGGACCUGUCGGGGAUCCCAUCCCUCUGCUAAAGGGGACAGAGGAUGUCUGUUUUGUGGAUCGGGGUUUCUUCGGAAGAUAUGGUGACCGUCAUCUUCUCCAGGCACACAGGCACACUCCCACAUCCCUGCGCUACGGACGCCCGGUUCCUCCCGGAUGUCCUAGGACAGGACUAGAACCGUUAAGUCUAGGAGGAGCAGCCAGGUGGUCUCCAAGAGCCCCGCCUCCUCUGGAUUUCCAGGGCGUUGAUUGGCUAGCAAGCCAGCCCAUCCCUCACCACGCCCCCUGGGAGAGUAGUUAAGCGUUCUGAGCAGUUCUAGGAUUCCAUUUAGGGGUGGGGGGAGAUGGGCGUUGCUUGGGCUCGGGGGCUCAGGACCUACACCAUUCCUCCUCCGCUACAGUCUGAGGGAGCCCGGGUCGCCACUUUUCUCUACCUGUCGGUCCACCGUAACCUGUCACUGUCAGCCUCACUCUGGAGAGAGACAAUUACUUGAAACGUUGUUCUAAACUCCUAGGCCCGUCCCCCAACACCCUUUUAACUGGGACCCCCGCCCCUGCAUGGGAGUCUCAUGGACUUACAAUCGCUCAUCCCCUCGCUCAGAGGGAUGUGUGUAUGUGUGUGAGUGUAGAGAAAGGCAUGGCCUAAGGCCUCUCCCUCUCCCUCCCCUUGCCUCUGGGGUGGGGGUGGGGUGUUCUGGCUGUGUGUGUGGCUGUGACUCCGUCCCGGGGGUUCUGUCACUCGGCUGUGUCCAGCCUCCUCCCCACCCCCCACACCUAAGAGUCACCAACCCGGGGUGUGAUUCACCACCCGCUGGAACCAUGCAACCUUUCCCCGAGGAAGAAGGAGGAGGUAGAAGCCAGUUGAGCAGAGAUCCUCUCAUUAACCACUGCGUCACGGUGUAGUGGAAGGGAGUGCGCCGGUCUUGGGGAAAUGCCCGGUUCCUUCGUGCCCACGGUCACCGCGAUCACAACCAGCCAGGACCUCCAGUGGCUCGUGCAACCCACCCUCAUCUCUUCCAUGGCCCAGUCCCAGGGGCAGCCACUGGCCUCCCAGCCCCCGGCCAUCGACCCCUAUGACAUGCCUGGAACCAGUUACUCCACGCCGGGCAUAAGUGGCUAUAGCAGUGGUGGAGCAAGUGGCAGUGGCGGGCCUUCCACCAGCGGAACCACCAGUGGACCUGGGCCUGCCCGCCCGGCCCGAGCCCGGCCUAGGAGACCCAGAGAGGAGACGCUUACCCCAGAGGAGGAGGAGAAGCGAAGGGUUCGCCGGGAACGAAACAAACUGGCAGCAGCUAAGUGUAGGAACCGUCGGAGGGAGCUGACUGACCGACUCCAGGCGGAGACAGAUCAGCUGGAGGAAGAAAAGGCAGAGCUGGAGUCGGAGAUCGCCGAGCUCCAAAAGGAGAAGGAGCGUCUGGAGUUUGUGCUGGUGGCUCACAAACCCGGCUGCAAGAUCCCCUACGAAGAGGGGCCCGGGCCCGGCCCGCUGGCGGAGGUGAGAGAUUUGCCGGGGUCAGCAUCCACUAAGGAAGAUGGUUUCAGCUGGCUGCUGCCGCCCCCGCCACCACCGCCCCUGCCCUUCCAGACCAGCCAAGACGCAGCCCCCAACCUGACAGCUUCUCUCUUUACACACAGUGAAGUUCAAGUCCUCGGCGACCCCUUCCCUGUUGUUAACCCUUCGUACACUUCUUCGUUUGUCCUCACCUGCCCGGAGGUCUCAGCGUUCGCCGGCGCCCAUCGCACCAGCGGCAGCGACCAGCCUUCCGACCCCCUGAACUCGCCCUCCCUUCUUGCUCUGUGAACUCUUUAGACAUAAAACAAACAAACACACAGGGGAGAGAGAUUUGGAAGAGGAAGAGGAAUAGGGAGAGGGGACAAAACUAAGCGGGUGUGUGGCCUCCCUGCUUCUCCUAUCUGACUCUGCCGCCACUGUCAUCCGACAAGAGGACCUCCUUGUGCUUUGUGCCACCUAUUGUUUCUGUGGCCCGUGGAGGCCAGAACGCUGGUGACUUUGGGGGGAGGGGGUGAGGAGGGGAUAGACACCCCUUGGCUGCCUGUUGGUCCUCUCACUUCAACCCAAACUCUGGGGAUGGGUGGGUGGGGGGUGAUGCCCACCUGUGGGCUUGAGGGAAAGGGAUGCUGACGGUGGACUGUGGGGUGGGCUGGAGUCCUCUCUAGAGAAGCCCAACAAGGAAGUGCCACAGAGCCCCCCACGAUGUCUCCCACACCCACCCUUCAGGGGGGUGACUAGGCUGGUUUUCCCUGCUCCCCCGACGUGAGCUUAUUUAUCCUACAUUUCCAUGUGGUUAGACCCUCCUCUGAAUUGAGCCCCCCUUUAAAGGGAAGUUGAUGUCCCCUUAUGAUAAUCCCUUUCCCCCGAUCCAGACUUAGUCUGAAAUGUGAACCUCCCUCCCUGACCGUCCAGUCACUCUCUCCCCGCAAAACCAGCUUUGGUUGAAAUUUUGACUUCCUAAGGAUCCGCCCACAUUCAGCCCCAGCCCUCCUGUAUGAUUACAGUAUUAUUCCAAGCCAACCCUCCUCCCCUUCUGGCCUUCCUUGUUGGGCCUCUCUGAUUCAGGCAGCAGGGGGCGCUGUGAUGCCUAUCCUGCUGGAGUGUUUAUACUGUGAAAUGAGUUGGCCGAUUAUGGGGGGGAGCCGGGUGGGACAGAACUCUUCCAGAGGGAUUGUGCCCCCACUCCCCAAAGCCUUUCCGUGGUUUCCCCUCCCCGCAUCUGCUUCCUUUCUCCCCUCAACAGUGAGUUAGACUCAGGGGGGUAACAGAAUCGAGAGGGCUGUGACAGUUAUCCAUCCGUGAGGCCUCUCUCUUCAGGACCCCCAGCCUCUAGCCCCAGCCUUUUUCUUUAAGGCCUGUCACCCGACCCCGGCCUAGGACGCCAACUUCUCCCUCCUCUUGGCAUCCCCACAUCCUUUCUAGAAAGGGAGUAAGGGGAGAGUGCCAAGGGGCCCGACAUUUUUCCGGAGAUUUAAAGGCUGAGGCUUUGGCCCCCGACCCCCAAUGUUUUUGGACUGGCAAACUCGAGGGGGCUGGGCUUCUGUGAUCCCAGCUUCCACUCCCCAUCCCCCCAGCUCAGAAUCUUGGUUUUGGCUUCCCCACCCCGCGUUUCCUUGUGCUUCACUUCAUGAUAAUUUCAUUGUGAGGCAAAUUGAUAUUUUUUAAUAUUGGGUGUCCAAGUCGCCCUUGUGCUGCAUGGAGAACAUUCCACAUGCCCUGUCCCGUGCCUUCCCACCCUGAACCCAGACCCCUCCCGUUGCUAUUUAUCCCUUUCCUGGUUCCUGAAAGGCACUUAUAUCUAUUAUGUAUAAAUAAAUAUAUUAUAUAUGGGUGUGUGUGUGUGUGUGUGUGUGCGCGCGCGUGAGUGUGUGAGCGCUUCUGCAACCUCGGCCUAGGUCACAUUGGCCCCCAAAGCCAUGCCAUUGAAUUGGAAACACUGCUUCUGGAAACUCUGAGGCAGCCUGUCUCUCUCCCGCUGUCUCUAUCGGCCUGUCUCUAGUUGUCUCUUUUCUGAUUGUCUCGGCGCUCUGUUGUUUCUAGUCUCUGGCUGUCUCUUUGCCGAGAGCGUCUUGCCCCGCCGUCUUUUCUCUGCCUAUUUUUCUCUGACCAUUUCCAUCUGUUUCCUUUAUGACUGUUCUUGAUCCUCCAGCAGCCUUCCGACUCUGGGUUCUUUGGGGACAUGAGAUUUUAUUUUUGUGAGUAAGCCUGACAGAUCAUAGAUUUUUACAAUCUGUAUCUUUGAGAAUUCUGGGUGCGAGUGUGAGACUGUGAGCAGGGCCUGCCCCUGCCGACCACAAUUUAUUGACUCCCCAAUCCCCCACCCCAUUCUGUAUUUGUGAUUCUCUUUUUGUAUUUUGCACCUGACCCCGGGGGGUCGGUCUGGGGCUGGCUGGCACUGGGCCGCUACCCUCCCCCCAUGGUUCUACACUGUCGCCAAUAAAAAGCUCUUAAA